ACCCCAGGUCAGGACCUCCAGCGCGACGAUGUUGCCGGCAUUACACGCGCCACCCUCGUAAAGAUCAGCGCUAUUUCCAUAGCCGUCGUGUUCGAAUCCCUAGUUUCACUCUUAGAAGAGCUCGGUCGCCCAUAUAAGACCUUCGCGAACCAUCCACCCCAUAUUCUCCUCUCCGAAGUCUAUGUCCUAUCACUCCUCGCCGAUUGUUGCUCUGCUCAUUGGGACACCCUCCGUAAAGCUAGCUCCAAUGGCGCAGCUGAGGUGUCCAGCUCCGGGUCUAAGAACCCUGAGCCGCUGGACGACGGGCUCGUGACAAGGGUUUUUGAUCUUUUCAAACACCUACUUAGUCCGUUACCAGAAAACUAUACAUUGCCUGCUAGGACGAUACUAGAUGAGAAAUCUGCACGGGAGAUAUUUGACCCUCAUUUUAAAGAACCGGCGCCUAGAGCUGCUUCCUCAAGUGGUUCAGAGGACUCUCGAGAAAGUAAAGGAACGAAGACGGAUGAUGUGGAGGAUAUCGAACCAUAUAUCAAGACUAUCCUAGAAUUUGUCACCGCGUCGAGCUGGUCAGCCUCCUUUGAAUAUGUGAGGGCUGUCAUUUACGGCAUCCGAGCAACAACUCCGGCACAGCAAGUCCCGACACAAACAAUGGCCGAGGAGGAAAGGACCUCCCUAGUCAUACUACGCUUUGUUUCGUACAUGUGGGUUGAUGGCCAGAAGCUCGGGCUGGUCAUACAAGAGCUAUGUUCCAGUUUCCUUCACUUUCGAAGAGCCUACCAAAAUACCGUUGCUAUCAUCACGCCACUCCUAGUUACUAGGUGGAUCGAGCGUUAUCCCGAAGAGUUCAUCACGUUGCAUUAUCAGCAUAGGAAGCUAGAUGGUGGUCCUGAUACCCUCUUCGACAUGACGCAUACGAUUGCCGACUCCGGCAAAAGGCGGUCAACGUUAUAUCCAUUCCAAACGUCCCUGCUUAUGCUGGUCCCUGAUGUGUUCGAGGUGGCGAGCAAUUUGCGGGAAGCUAAGACCGCCGGCAUGGCUAAAAAGGUAGCGUUUCUCGAAAGUCUAAGAAAGGCACUUAGGAAUAAGAAUGACGCGGCAGGAUACUGUCUUGUGAGUCUUCUACGAGCCGUCCGCCAUUUCGACGAGGAUGGCGACGCUACCAUUGUAAGUUAUGCUAUGGACGUUCAAGAUGAAGUCCGAGAUGCUGUCUUCCGUCGAUACCAUCCCAACGGGGAAGGGGGUCUGUUCGACCAAGAUUUGACCACUGCCGCCUUCAUCAGUCUCAUGCAUCUGAACUUUGAAGGCUCCGUAGAAUCCCUAACCCAGGCGUGUCUUAACUCUUCUGCGCCUCAUACUUUCAAGAUCGCUUUGAUUCAGGCAUGCUCGUAUUUCGCGCGACAACCCAAUGCCCAAGACUAUCGCCGUCUAUUCACCGAGGCUGCUAGUUUCAUACAGAGCCGGCUGAAGGCUAUGUCUGCAAUUUCAGCGGAUUUAUACACCGGCGAUCGUCACUCUCAACGGAAAGCAUCCGAGACAAGUGCAUCGACGGCCACCGUGAUAUGUAACAUAUUGAAGUUCCUAGACGCCUCGCCCAUGACCCUGUUUGAAGGUCCUCCGUCUGACAGUUCCGACGCGCAGCGAUUCUACGAAGAAAUAUUUGAAGCCUUCGUCUCUUGUCUUGUAACAGCAAACGAUUCCGUCAGAGCUCUCGCUAGCAGUGUAGCUAAGAAGCUACUCACCCCAGAUGGUAUUCUGUCUUCGUUGCGUAAAUCUAAACGUGUUGACUCGAACAGUUUUGGGAUAAAAUUUUGGAGCCUAACAUCGCUUGUUCUCAUGGAAAUGUGCGAAAAGCAUGACCAGCAAGAGGACGACGCGUUACUCAGGUCUAUCCACGGGUAUCUUGAAUCACGUCUAUUACUCCUCACUUCAAUUCAGGAACUGUCUGCUGUAUCCGAGGAUAUACCAGAACGAAUAGCGACUUCGAACAAAUUAGAGACCCUCUUCCUAACCUCGCUCUGCUCCUCAGACAUCGAGACAUGUCAGUUGGUAACAUCAUGCAUUGGACUCUUCAAUGAAGAGUGUCGGAUAUUAGAUUCAACUGUAGAUGCUAGCAAGACGGCAAGUUUAUUGCUCCGAAAUAGCGAGGUCUUCGGCGAGAUUGCGUCCCCCGACUUUAGAUUUACAGGAAUGAUGGCCUUCCAAAAACGAAUCAGGGCUCUACUUAGAGGCAUGCAGUAUCCAAGUGUGGGCAUUCUCGAUGCUUGGGAGAGAGCGUUUGAAAAGUGGCAUCACUUAUCUAAAGAUGUAUCCACGACAUCCACGGACAGCAUCGAUGAGAGGGGCUUCUCAAAGUGGAGAAACUUAUCUGGCUUCCUCGCAUCACUCGGUGGUAUCUGCACGGCCGAGCAAGCGUACAUCCUUGAAGAGCCUGCUGCAGGCGGGUUGAAAUGGAUUGACCGACUUUCGUCCGAAAACCACGAGGAGCCUCUGCUCAACAGGUACCUCCGAGUCAGCACACAGCUCCUCGCGUGUACAAACGUUCGGGUAAGGGAAACUACACGAGAAGUACUAUCUAUUGAGAUAUCGCCAACGUUAUACCAACCUCUCUUCAAAGCACUGGAAUCAGAACUCGAAGUACUUUUCACUGGUGCUCUCGAACCAACCGGCUUCAAAGGGCAGGAUGUCGAGAUUAUAUUCGCCGAGCAAGCAGCAUCGUUAUUGAAGGCCCUUGUGGAGCGGCUACAGACCCCUUCUGAACUAGGGGCUGCGUCGUCGGUCCAUUUCAGCUCUCUUGGGUUGAGCUUUGCAAAAUUCCUAGACGGUGUCGCUGAUAACAUAUCUAGCUUAAGAGUCAAAAUCAAGAUUUGCCAGUUAUGCGAAUCUGUUAACCGGAAAAAGGAGCACUUAAAUCUCCGCGAUGAUGUUAGAAAACGAAACCAGCUCCUUGAGUACAUCUUUAGCUGGAUUGCUAGGCCUAGGUCUCCCCCGGCGGAGAGCACUUAUUCACAAACCCGGCCGGAUGAUACAGCCCGAGUUCAAAGAGAUCUUGAUAAAGCUUGUCUCCGCUGCCUCGCUGAACUUACCUAUAGGCUGCCACUCCAACCCGGAGAUGGCCAGAACGAUGCCGGCACCAGUGAACUAAAGUCUCAAAUGUUCCGCACAUAUUUCAACCGAUUCCUUUCAUUACUCAAUUACGAGCCGUCGGAAAGUAUUAGAGGCGAUAUUACGACAACCGGGUCGCAUCGAGAUGAGGCUGGAUCGACGUCCGAACUUUCUAUCACUAUUCUCUCUAAUCUCCUGAGCGCAAAUAUUGAUGUGGGCCUCAAGUACUCCCUUAGCAUCGGCUACAAUGAAAACAUCGAGAUCCGUACAGCGUUUGUGAAGGUCCUUUAUAAUAUCUUAGUCCAAGGGACGGAAUUUAGUAACCUAUCUGAUAAAGCGGUCAAUGAGAAGUACGACGAGCUAUUAGAACUUUUCACUCAUGACAUGAACCUUGCUGUUGCUAUCAGCUCGGUUUGUCCAAGUAGCGAAGUUGAAGAACUUACAAUUUCGAUGCUCAACGUGUUUGAAGCACGUGGGUUGACUUUUGACCUUAUGGAAGCCUUGAUCAAGCAGGAAAUCGAAGACACCGAGAAUGAAUCGGAGAUACUUCGUCGAAACUGUGUCGCAACCAAGAUGCUAUCUAUCUAUGCGAAGUGGAAAGGCGCGAACUACCUCAAAGCUACACUACAGAAAGUCGUCGAGAGGUUAAUGUUGACUUCAAAAGACCUGGACCUUGAGCUCGAUCCAACAAGGAUUUCCUCUCAGGAAGAGCUCCAGAAAAAUGCGCUACAGCUACGAAUUGUCGCUAAAGUCUUUAUCGACGAUAUAUGUGCAUCCUCCGCUAAUAUCCCUGCCUCGUUCCGUAAGAUAUGCAGUAUAAUAUCUUCGGCAGUGAUGCCUAGAUUCCAAGAGGCCAAAUAUACGGCUGUAGGGGCCUUCAUAUUUCUGAGAUUCUUCUGUCCUGCUAUCGUCGCGCCGGAGGUAGAGAAUCUUGUAGAGAGCCCGCCGUCUAAGGAGAUGCGUCGUGGCCUACUUCUAAUCGCCAAAGUUAUCCAGAACCUAGCAAACAAUGUCCUGUUUGGAGCGAAGGAGCCGUAUAUGUAUCCCCUCAAUGACUUCCUCACAAAACAUAUUUACCGCGUCACGACCUUUCUUCGUGAGAUAUCGGUUCCCCCCACCGGGCUUAAUACGGCCCCAGCAGAAGGCGAAACAUUCGAAUUUGGCUCCUGUGUUGCUCUACACAGGUUCCUGUACGACCACUGGGAUCAUGUCCGGCAGAGACUUAUGUCCCAAGAAAGACGGGAUCAUGUUCGUUCUCCUAACGAAUUAGCUCGUGGUCGAUCGCCCGUUCUCGAGCCUUUACGAGCUCUUAUAACCAAUCUCGGACCACCUCCUUUAGCAGUUACCUGGAAUCGCCCUCAAAUCACUGCAAAUAGCCCUCUAGCUUAUUCUAGAUUCCAGCACUUCAUGCUCCGUAAUGCUUUCAGGAGCACAGACUCUUUUUUGACAUCUCGUGCUAUUUACGAUGGUGGUGAGAGCAGGGAUGGGCUCUCCGUGAUUUGCGUGAUUCUCCGUCAUAUGGACCAAGAUGCUAUAGACUAUGAUACCCUUUUGUAUUGUUUCUUGAAGAUUGCAAGUCGGCUAUGGCACAAACCCUUUGGGAUACUCAUCGAUGCGACGUGUUAUGAUAGUCAAAAUGACCCCCCGGACGAGCUGUACAGAAAAUUGGAACUUCUGAGUCCAAGCGAAUUGAAACAAAUGUCCAGGAUUUAUAUCUAUAACAUGAAUAGCACAUUUCGGAAAUGCUUUCGGCGCGUACUUCGCGUGGUCACUAAGAGUGAGACAAACGUGCUCAAUCCAUCCAAUGUUGAGUACCUGUUGCUCGGUAGCCGCCUUGAUCUCCAAGCACACUUCCAUUUAAGCCAGGUGCAUCUCCCAAAGGAAACCAUCAGUAUAGCCACUGAUUCUCGCUACACAUUCCAACCGGUCACCCGGCUUUCAAAAACCAAGGGAAAGAUCGAGGUUACCGUCGGAGUUGGAGGCUCAUUCGUCCAAGUAACCACAGUAAAGAAGCAGGAGGUCCACCCAAGCUUCCGCCUAAACGGAAUCGUUAACGACAUUUUCCAUCUAAAAGACUUGGAUGAGGCACCAACUUCUAUUCCGACCGAGGAUGACUCCGCUUUUGGUUUACGUGCGGAUAAUGGCAAGAUCGUGAUGUAUUUCCAGAGUACCAGAAAGGCGGAUGUUCUGAAGGAGAUCCGCAGAGCCAAAGCAAUGCUAGGCAAAGACACCAGGACGAUGAAGCCAUUUGAGCGUCUUAUCCGACCACAGGACGUUCCUGGAACGUUAUUGAACCUUGCAUUAACCAACCUCGCUUCCCCCGACGCCAUGCUCCGGAUUGCAUCAUACAAUUUACUCGGUGCUCUCUGUCGGGCUUUCAAGUUCAAGGCAGCGUCUAAGUUCAUGUGUAUCAAAGAUGUCUCUGUCCCGCUGGAUCCCACCCAAUUCAUAAUCAACAUUAGCAAAGUCCUUGCCCAAGAAGAACCGCAGCUAACACACGACUUCUUAAACGAGUUUUUUGUCGGGUGGGAAAGCUUCUCCGAGGAGCAGAAACCUUUAAGCCUGGCUUACAUGGCACCAUGGGUACCAAGUUUACGCACGUCGCUUCUACCAGACGAAUCCGAUAGCGAGAAGGCCAAAGAGAAAAUCGCUUCGAUCUUCCGGAAACUAAUAGACGUUACGGUGAUGGAGCCGUCCCUGGCUCUUACCUUGGAGUAUACGGUGUGGCCAGCAAUCUAUAAAGACGAAGUCUUGUUGGACAUCUUCCUCGAAGAGAUAGUCAAAGCAGCGUUGGCUGUAGGGUUAUAUGACGAACAUACACAGUCUCUGACUUCAAUAGUGACGGCUAUUGGAACAAUAACACUUCGAGGAAAGAUAAUAUCUAGACUCCGGAAGGCGUUGAACAGAUCUUCGCUUCGGCCAACAAAGUUCCUCCAAGAAAAUGCCGUAUGGAACGAGAUCUGUAUCCUACUCCAAUUUUGCCUCUCGCUGUCGUUCGAUUGCGGUGUUCAAUCGCAGCUUUACCUCCCUGAGAUAUUUCACAUAGUCACGAUGUUAUCAAAUACGGGCACCUACGAUAUCCGGGCGCUGGUUCAUCGCCUAUUAAUCAAUUCGAUUCACGCGGCUUGUACGUCAUUUAAAUUAGAAGAUACAAGGUUAUCGAAACUUCGCAGCACAUUGGAGAUAUUGUCUGAACCAAGAAAUGACAGCCUCUCUAUUCCUUUACCGUUGGCAAGGGAUGGGACGUCUAUUUCAACAUCACACGAGGCAGGGCCGGCCCUCUCAGUAAUAGAGAAUCUGGCCACUCUGCUAUUCGAAACAUGCUCGGUCGCGGCACCGUCGGUCGAUAUGGCUAACGCGUGGCGGUCGAGAUGGAUGAGCUUGGUAGCCAGUACUGCCUUCCAGAAUAACCCGGCAAUCCAACCCCGAGCCUUUACCGUAAUGGGGUGCCUGGCUCGCGAAGAGGUCGAUGAUGACCUACUCUAUCAAGUUCUCGUAGCACUCCGCAAUAGUGUCGGCCGCUUUGGCGACGACAGCGGCAGCGACAUGCUCGUCGCAAUAGUUACGUCCCUAUCUAAGAUGAUUGCUAAGCUCACUUCGGCGUCGCGUUACGGGCCGCAGUUAUUCUGGCUGGCGAUGUCAUUGGUCCGGCUUGUACCCGCCAGCCUAUUCAACUGCACCGCUUUGUUCCUGGAAGCCGUGCUAACGAACAUUGGGACUACAGGAGAAUUGAGGAGCAAUAAGAUGGUUCCAUAUCUCUUACAAGGCCGCUCGCAACUAGAGGAGGCAGCACUGCCCUUAGACGAUGCCUAUGGUAUCCAUUUUACUGCAGACAGCUUCCAUUUCGCAGUCUGUGCAUGUCUCUCGCGAGGACUUACGGAUCCUAUCACCAAAACUCCAGCUCUCCGGGUCCUCUCCACAUUCCUCGAGAUGACGACAGAUAGUAGUUCUGGGGAUUCGUCGAAGAGCUUCUCAAGCGAGUUCUACGCAUCUCCCUAUCUUGCUCUUAUCCAGGCCCGAGCAAUUACCCCCGAAGACCUAAAAGAAUGCCUCUGGUCCGCUGGUAUAAAUCCAGUUGGUGUCGCUAACCUCGGACCAACUCGUAACCUACGCGACCUAGAUGGCGCGAAGGACAAGGAUCUUCUUCUUAAUACGGCUAUUGAAUUGGUAGACUUCCAAAUCUUAGAUGAGGCGAUACAGACUCAUACUCUAGUCUGGUUGAACGAACUGGCAUCUGGGAGGCCUGCCGUCGUAUUGCAUUUAUGCCCUACCAUUGCACAAUUCCUAGACGAGGUGCUACUCCACGGUCAGAGUUCAUCGACGCUCGGAUCGGCUCAUGCUCUGCUCCAGACACUAUCUUCCAAUUCAAAGUUCACGAGCGCAUUAGACAGCAACGGCAUGCUAAACGAGAUUUUGGAGGAUAUGGGAUUCGAAGGCCUAUGGCGCUCAAGCUCUUUUACCCAUGCUCAAGAUCCCGACAGGCAAUGCUCUAUAAUGACGGAGAAGCUGAUCGAGGGUCAGCGAUGGAGACGUCCACCUCGGAAAGGCGAGAGAGGGGAUUAGCAAGCAAGAGUUCAAAUGAGAAAAGUGUGGCAGUGUAGGUAGGGCCAAUCAUAAGAGGAACGCACCUUAGUGAGUACGUUAGUAUGGAUAUCAUGAGAAAAGUAUGAGUUACGUACCUAGUGCGAAAUGUAGAGGAAUGGCGGAAUGACAAGCAAAAUGUCUUAAGCAUUGGGUGUCCAUGC